AGACGCUAUUCUUGCGUUCAUCUUUUUUGGUUUGAUUUAAUCGGCGUGCAGCGUGGCUUCGUUCAUAUUCGGGCGGGAUAUUCGCAAAAAGCUUUGUUCCAUUCAUAUCAUAGUUCGCUUAAUUCAAUUGGCACAGGAAAUGACUGUAGAUAAACAAAAAGUUGUAGUAGUGUUCUGGACAAUUUAUAUCGUUGGUUGAGGCCCGCUUAGCAUUGGUGAUUAAAAGAAGAUUUGCACAGUGUAGGUAUAUUGUUGAAGAUAAUUCGAACCAUGAUGUCCACAGAUCAACAACGUUGUGAUUGCUGCGACAGCAGCUAGGUGUCAGCUGGAGGGCUUUAGAUAACUACAAAUGGCAGCAGCAAACAGCAAUCGUCUUCCGAGCUGAUAAAGAGCCUAUCCCUUAUUCUGUGCCUAUACAGCACGACAACACGAGUGGACAGUAUGAAAUCAGUAAGCGAUCGGUUGAAGCCUGGAAAGGCAGUCGCACAUAAACGGGGUACCGUUCCUGGUGAAUCUCGCAGGUCGAACUAGUGAUUGGCAGAGAGUUAAGUUUUUUUUUAUUUUUCAAAUGGACAAAAGUGAUGCAACGUUGGACAAAAUGUACCAAAAUCUGCCCCAGCACGAGAAUGACGUGCCGGCGCCAGUUGAAGAUGACGCGGAAGAGAACUAUGCUGAAGAGUUACCCCAGCUGGGACCGCUGCUGGCCAGCCGUUUCAGGAACGGAUGCUGUAGCACAAAACUGGUAAAGAAGCGGUUCCCAAUCCUGCAGUGGUUACCCGCCUACCGACGGCAGUACUUUCUGGAGGAUAUCGUUGCAGGUCUCACCGUUGGAUUGACCGUAAUUCCGCAGGGAAUCGCUUAUGCGGUGGUGGCAAAUCUCGAACCGCAGUACGGGCUGUAUUCGGCAUUUAUGGGAUGUUUCGUUUACUUUGUGUUUGGAUGUUGCAAGGAUAUCACGAUCGGACCGACGGCCAUAUUGUCUCUGAUGGUACAGAUCCAUGUGGCUAAUCUUGGACCGGCAUUUGCUAUACUGUCCGCAUUUCUUACCGGCUGUCUUGUGUUGCUGCUGGGGCUUUUGAAUUUGGGUUUCCUGGUUCAGUUCAUAUCGGUGCCGGUUACGGCCGGUUUUACUUCGGCCGCUGCAAUAACCAUUGCCAGUGGUCAGGUCAAGUCACUACUAGGUCUACCUGGAAAGUCCAACGAAUUCAUUGAAUCGUGGGUCAAUGUAUUCCGUUACAUUCAUCUAACACGGCUGUGGGAUGCACUGCUUGGAAUUGGUUCGAUCGUGAUUCUUUUGCUGAUGAUGCAACUAAAGAAUCUGGAUGGUCGGUGGAAAGUGCUUGGCAAAUACCUAUCGCUGUCCCGAAAUGCCAUGAUCGUCAUUGGGGCUACCGUCCUGGCGUAUUUGCUGAGCAAGAAUGGGAAUUCUCCGUUUCAGUUGACGGGCAAUGUAACCUCCGGCCUUCCUCCAAUACAACUUCCUCCGUUUUCAACGAUCGUCAAUAACCAAACGUACGCCUUUGCGGAUAUGGUCUCCGAGCUGGGAACGUCGGUGAUCGCACUACCAAUGAUCGCUAUUCUUGAGUGCGUUGCGAUCGCUAAGGCUUUUUCUAAGGGUAAGACCAUCGACGCCUCACAGGAAAUGAUUGCUCUCGGGUUGUGUAAUAUCGCCGGGUCAUUUUUUUCUUCGAUGCCCGUAACCGGGUCCUUCACGCGAUCGGCUGUCAACAACAGCAGCGGGGUGCGAACUCCUGCCGGGGGUGUAACCACUGGCAUCUUAGUUCUUUUAGCGUUGGGACUACUGACAAGUACUUUCUAUUACAUUCCGAAAGCUAGUCUAGCGGCGGUCAUUAUUACCGCCAUGUUCUUCAUGGUGGAGUUUCACGCUGCUGCCGAGAUCUGGCGAACGAAAAAAAUCGAUAUCAUUCCAUAUUUAGCCACCCUAAUCUUUUGUCUGGUUCUUGGGUUAGAGUAUGGAAUAAUCGUCGGAAUCGGGAUCAAUCUUUGCUUCGUAUUGUACCUAACGUCACGUCCACAAGUUUUCCAUCGGAUCGAGCGGAUCAACAGCGUCGAUCUUUUGAUUGUCACUCCCGAUCAAAGUUUGGUGUACUCGUCCGCCGAGUAUCUGAAGUACCGGGUGCUUAAAUUGUUCCAACAGAACCCCGUCGAUUUGGUGGUGAUCGAGGGAUCAGCCGUUAGCUACAUUGAUACGACGGUGGCCAAAAUUCUUGCCGGAAUUGUGGAUGAUCUGGCUGUCCAGGGGAGACCGGUGUACUUCUGGAACUGGAAACGCUCGGUUCAGAACACAAUGUUGCGAUUAGAUACGCAGCGGUUCGUUCCGCUGUUCAAACGUGGUGAGACGCUAGUCGAGAUUGUCAAGUGCUGGACGCUGACCAAUCCGAUCGAGGCUUGAGUUGAGGAGGGUUUUAAAUGGAAUUAUUUUAAUGGACAAGAUGUGUUAGGUUUAAAAUGUAAAUAAGCUUAGUGAAUAAUAAGAUAGAUAUACUGUGAUCAGUAACUGUUAACUUAUGCGUGCAUUGAAUGGACGU